UCUGUCCUUUCAAAUAUUUCGGCGGCCCAUCAAUUUUGACCCAAUCUCCCUAGUCUUGCAGCGCUCAAAGCAUUUCUUUUCUUCCUUCAUACCCCCACACGCCCCCAACCCGUUCAAAUCUGAAUCCAAAUUUCGCGAAACAUUUCUUUUGUCGACGUUCCCUUUGCAUCUCGGAGAAAUGGAUGCCGUAGAUUCUGUUGUUGAUCCUCUCAGAGAGUUCGCCAAGGACAGCGUUCGUCUCGUUAAGAGGUGUCAUAAACCCGAUCGCAAGGAAUUCACCAAGGUUGCCGUUCGUACCGCUAUCGGCUUCGUUGUGAUGGGAUUUGUAGGGUUCUUUGUCAAGCUAAUCUUCAUUCCGAUCAACAAUAUCAUCGUCGGAUCUGGUUAGAUUAGGUCAUGAUGAAGUUCGUAAAUGAUGGGGGCUGGUGUUUACAGUUAGUGCGGCCUGUGUUCACUGAGGAAUACUUAACAUUUAGCUGUCCUUUAGAACUUUUAAAUCGUAAAUUGAUUAAACCCCAGGAUAUAUGGAAAAUUUUCUUAUCAUAUUAAUGAACUCACUCUCUUCUUAUAUUUGAAUGAUAUAACAUGUUUUUAUGGUUAAA